GAACUUUAUGAAUUAUUUUAUUCUUUAAUAAUGAAUAUAAUUAUCUGAAUAGCUUGAUUCAAUUAAUUGGCACACAUUUUUCUUUCUUUGAACGAUACGCCUGUAUAUUUAAAAAAUAACAGAUUGUUGAAAACUUUUUCAAUAUAUUCCAACACCAUCUUUGUUAGUAAUACAACUGUCAAUAGAAAUUAUUUUAUAUUUAUAAAAAUAUUGUCUAAUUAGUUGGACAGUGAGUUGGAAAUCCCAGUUUAUCCAGUAGAUUUUCUCGUCUUGGAUGUGAGCUUCUUGCUAGUUUUAAUUUGUUUAUUAUGUUUAAUUUUGUGAAUUUAUAUUGCUUGAAACUCUUUUCUCUAAUUCAUCUUCUCCAUAUCGGUAUUUUUGUAUUCUCAAGAGUGUUCUAGUUUUGGCUUUUCUCAUUUUGCCAGAAGCAUUUUUUGUCCAAGAAUGGCCAUUUUUUCUCAAUCCAUGGCAAACUGUUCAGCUUUGAUUCCUCAUCCCGGAAACUCUAUUUCCAACCCAAAGUCAGCAAUACAAUGCGGGCAAAUUCAAUAAAAUGCAAUGCUGUUAAACUGGCAACCAAAAGGGUGUUUUUUUAUUUUCUAUUUUCAUUUCAGAAGAUCAAGUCUGUAUCUUCAUGUUAUUCUCCACCCCAAUUGGAAUAAUGGAUUGGGUUUUAUUCUGGCAGAUGGCUUCUCUCUCUUUCUUCAUUACCUUUUGCUGCUGAGCAAGCCUAAUCAACUCGAAGACAUAGAAUGGUCGGGCUUGAUAACAAGUGAUCUUUUUGAAUCUCCUGCUCAGGGAAAGAGGCUCAAUCUUAUCCGGCUUCUCCACAUUAUAAAAUCAUCAAAAAAUUCUCUCAAUGAUCAAAUUUUAGCACCCCUCAUGUCCAUGCUAUCAGUCAACCUUUUCCGACCUCUACCUCCUCCUUCCAACCCCUCUGUCAACUCAGAUUUGGUUGAUGAGGAAGAUCCCAUUUCUACUCCAUCACCAAUGUGGUCUCAUCUUCAGUUAAUUUAUGAUAUCCUGCUACGGCUGGUUAUAAACACAGAACCAAGAAUACUUAGAGAAUAUAUCGAUUAUCCUUUCCUGCAGAAUCUCCUAACACUUUUUCAAUCUGAGGACCCAAGGGAACGAGAGAGCUUGAAGAAUGUCUACCAUAGGAUAUAUACCAGAUUCACAUCUUAUCGUUUUUUUAUGCGAAAAUCUAUGAAUGAUGUAUUCUUGCACUAUGCAUUUGAUACAGAGAGGCAUUCUGGCAUUGGAGAACUGCUUGAGAUAUGGGGAAGCAUCAUCAAUGGCUUUACUGUUCCACUCAAGGAAGAGCACAGUUUGUUCCUGAUGAGAGUGCUUAUUCCCUUGCACAAAACCAAGGGACUGCAGGCUUAUCACAGACAGCUGGCUUACUGUGUCUCUCAGUUUGUGCAGAAGGAACCAGUGCUCGGUGGGGUUGUUGUUAGAGGGAUUUUAAAGUAUUGGCCUAUCACCAAUUGCCAAAAGGAGGUUUUCCUAAUCACGGAAUUGGAAGAACUUGUGGAGAACGUAGACCCUGAUCAGUAUAGAAAGUUAGCCCUGCCUCUAUGCACACAGAUUACAAGAUGCCUGAACAGUUGGAACUCACAGGUUGCUGAGCGUGCACUCUAUAUAUGGAACAACGAGCAGUUUGUAAAGAUGGCAUCGACAGCACUAGAACAGGUCUUUCCAGUUGUGGUGGAGGGUAUGGAGAAGAACCUCAAGUGGCACUGGAGCAAGAGCGUGCUGCAGUUGACAGAAAAUGUGAAAACAAUGCUGGAAGAACUUGAUCCAAUAUUAUAUGCAAAAUGCCUGGAAGAAAUCGAGCAUCGAGAAUCAGUGUCUCGCCAGGCAGAAAUCAAGAGGCAAGAGAUAUGGGACAGAAUCGAAAUGGCAGCAGCCCAGAGCAAGAUCUUACAUUCAUCACACUAUAUCUGUGUUUCUCAUUGAAGGACAAUGUGUAUCAAUCAAUCUGUGCUGGCCUUUUUGGGUUUUAAAGUAGUGCCAAAGAAGAGGGUCUAGCAAAGGUUAUUGCUAAUUUGCUAUGUAGCUGUUCUCUUAUGGAGGAAAUGCAGGAUUGAAUUCAAAGACACACCAUAUGAGACCAGCAGAGCAUAUAGAUAAUAUUUGGUAUAGUAUUAGAGAAUGGUUAUCAACUGCAUGGUACAGAUAUUGUAUGUAAAUCCAAUACUCUUACCAAGAAACUUAGACAAUUUUUUGGGCCAUUUUGGGCUCUUAAAAAAGGUGGUUUGAGGGGUCCAAGCUUUAGCCUAAUCUGAUGCCUUCAUGCCGGCUUCUUCAAUUUGGUUUUGUCCAGUUUAGUGUCAUAGCUUUAUCUGAUAAAGAUAUAGAGUUAGAAUCUCCAAUCUCUAAUAUUGAAAAUAAUAAAUAAAUAAUAGAGGAUAAUAGGGGGAGCAAAUGAAAAGUAUAGUGCCUGAAUAUGGUUUAUGAGAAAGUAAGAUUG